UCCAAUAAUUCAUUUCCACUCCAAAAAAACCACCCUCCCUCCCAAAAGAUGGCCGAUCCACUGAGCUGCGCCGCCGCCGACCUCCUCCCGCUCCUCGGCUCCGCCGCCAACGCCACGGCGGCGGCGGCCUUCAUCUGCGGGCGGUUCGACGCGGUGUCGAGCCGGCUCUCCGAGGCCACCUACGCCAUCGACAACACGUACCUCCUCUUCUCGGCGUACCUGGUCUUCGCCAUGCAGCUCGGCUUCGCGAUGCUCUGCGCCGGCUCCGUCCGCGCCAAGAACACCAUGAACAUCAUGCUCACCAACGUCCUCGACGCCGCCGCCGGCGGCCUCAGCUACUACCUCUUCGGCUACGCCUUCGCCUUCGGCAGCCCCUCCAACGCCUUCAUCGGGAAACACUUAUUCGCCCUCCGCGACUUCCCCACCCCCACCGCCGAUUACAGCUUCUUCUUGUAUCAGUGGGCUUUCGCCAUCGCCGCCGCAGGUAUUACAAGCGGGUCCAUUGCAGAGAGAACUCAAUUUGUGGCAUACUUGAUAUACUCCUCAUUCCUGACCGGGUUCGUGUAUCCGGUGGUCUCCCACUGGGUCUGGUCCGGCGACGGUUGGGCCGGCGCAGGGAAGAUCGGUGGGAGCCUUCUCUUCGGCUCCGGAGCCAUCGACUUUGCCGGUUCAGGUGUGGUUCACAUGGUCGGUGGCAUUGCCGGUCUAUGGGGGGCGCUCAUCGAGGGGCCAAGGAUAGGCCGGUUCGACCACAGCGGCCGGUCCGUCGCUCUGCGCGGCCACAGCGCGUCACUAGUGGUGCUAGGCACCUUCCUUCUGUGGUUCGGUUGGUACGGGUUCAACCCCGGUUCGUUCCUGACGAUCUUGAAGUCGUACGGCACGAGGGGAGCCUACUACGGCCAGUGGAGCGCGGUGGGGAGGACGGCUGUCACGACGACAUUGGCUGGGAGCACGGCUGCCCUAACCACCCUGUUUGGGAAGAGGCUCUUGGUUGGGCAUUGGAAUGUGCUUGAUGUGUGCAAUGGACUGUUGGGAGGGUUUGCUGCGAUUACCUCCGGCUGCUCCGUGGUUGAGCCAUGGGCUGCAAUCAUAUGUGGCUUUGUGGCGUCUUGUGUCCUGAUAGGGUUCAACAAGCUGGCCGAGAAGGUGAAGUAUGAUGACCCGUUGGAGGCGGCGCAGCUGCACGGUGGCUGCGGCGCGUGGGGCCUGCUAUUCACCGGGCUAUUCGCCAAGCAAGCUUUCGUGAACGAGGUUUACCCAGGGAGACCGGAUAGGCCAUACGGGCUGCUCAUGGGCGGUGGCGGGAAGCUCUUGGCUGCCCAGAUCAUCCAGAUCCUGGUGAUCAUUGCGUGGGUUACGGCGACAAUGGCGCCGCUGUUCUUGGCCCUCCACAAGCUGAAGCUGCUGAGGAUUUCGGCCGACGAUGAAAUGGCCGGAAUGGAUGUCACCAGGCAUGGUGGUUUAGCCUACAUCUACCAUGACCAUGAAGACCACUCCAAUCUGCCACAGUUCAAGAUGACGAGGAUCGAGCCGAGGGAGACUCCGACACCGGAACACUGAUCCAGGCAUGUUCAAGAAUUCAGCAUCUACCACAAAGGAACCAAUGUUUUCCAAAACGCAUUAGGCUGUGAAGCAUGUCAAGAACUAGUGGUAUAUGAUAACAAUAUUUGAUAUGCCUAUAAUUUGAUGUUUUUGCUCUGUUUUGACUGGUAGCUAAGUUUCUUUGUGUAACAGAGUCGUAUAUUGAGUUCUAUGUCAAACUUCUAUUCUGUAAGAUUGUAUAAAUAUAUAUAUAUUCAGCUUCAUUCGUCUAAA